UUAGUGAACAGUAAAUUCCGAUUUUUUCUUAAGGAACAGUAACCUCGUUUUUAUGGUAAUUUUUAAGGACUUGUAUUUUAAUAAUUCUAAUAUUUACCGUCAAUAGUUAAACGUUUAUACUUGAUACCAACAAACAACAUCAAUAUUUAACUUUCAUAUUUUUUAGAUAAAUCACAAAUUUUGUUGUUGAUUAACUUGACUAAAAUGAAGUAAUUUUGUUUAGAGACUGCAACUCGAUCAUAUCAAUUAUAUUGGUGGUAUUCCAACCGAUUUCAUGACCAACGCCGAUUAUAUUAGGUUCAACCGAUACGUAUUCCACCGACGUCACAAUAUCACUAAUUUUGAUAUUGAAUGCUCUAGCUACUUCCUUUGGGUAGUGUUUUUUUAAACUUUUUUCAUUUCUAUCUCAAUGUAUGAGAUUUUGCUUCAUAUGAGUUAGUGAAUUGCACAUAUCGAUGGUUCCAUCAUCCUUUAAGCAAAAUCAAAGGUAUACCUUGAAUAAGAAAAUGAUUUAUAAACCUUAAAUUGAUCGGAGUUUGGGAUAUGGUGCUGUACAAUACUCCUUAACGAUUAAAUCUGAGCCCUAAUUCUAUAAAUCUCAUACACUAAGAUCAAUUUGAUUACUCAAAACAAUCAAUGGUCAUGAUUCGUCAAAAUAUAUGCAUCAUUUUGAGGUUUAAGGUCUAUGAUGAUUUAGAUAACUAAGACCUAGAAUUCACUCAUGAAGAGUUAGGGUAUAGUAUCAUGUCCUAAAAUCCGGUUAAUUCAAAGUGUAGAUUUCAUUUUGUUACACAAGAUAGACUAUACCUUUAAUUUUACUCAAGGUACGAUAAAAGUCACAAUAUAUACAGCUUAAUAUCAAUCAAACUCCUAAUUUCCAAUAUCAAAUAAUAGUGGAAAUCAAUUGUAAUUUUUAGCUUGAGAAUAUUUUGAAUUUCAAAAUUAGUUUUGAAUUUUGUUGAUAACGUAUCUGUAUAAAUCAAAUUUAUAAUCAAUUACUAUCAUUAUUAAUCAAAUGUGAUUAUUUUCACCAUCCCUUUAAAUGCGAUAAUGAUUGUUUCACUUCGAUAACACGAGUUAGUUUCGAAUGAUUGUCUCCAUAUUUCUGACUAUGUGAAAUAUAUUGGAUAAGAUUGUCUAUCCGCCGCGAAGUGCGGGCCACAUAACUAAUUUUCAUUAAAGAUAAUAUGAUAAUAAAUAUAUAAUAAAGAAUGCAGAUCAAGGAUAGGAUUCCCAAACAAUCACUUAAAACCUACUAACUAUGGUUCCAUAACACCCUUGUGAAAUGGAGAACUAUUCCAUAUCUAGGAAGUCGGAAGAGACAUACAUCCAAAAGAGGAAGACAAUCAUCAUAGGAAGAAGAUCUUGCUCUUUGGUUGCUUUUGGUGGUGAAAUCUAGCCUCCAAAAAUUUUAGGAUGCUGCAAAUCUCCUCGAAGAAACUAGGUUACAUCACUCUCUCACUAGAAUGGAAGAACAACUCUGAUUUCUCUCUAAAAAACAACUCCAUUACGCAAAAUGGCUUAAAACCCGAGAAAUAGCCUUUAGUGUGCGGUUCACCGUGAGAAUUAAUACCUAUUCGUGUACGCAAUCAAAGAUGACGCCAUUUUGGUCAAGUUCACGACCAAGUCGUGAGACUGGUCAGAUUUUCUAUGGGAAUUUGCUCCCUCACACCACCGGUGUUGUAGCUCUCAUGACCAGGUUGGGACCUAGAUCAGCUAGUCGUAACUGAUGCAUUUCCUUGUGCACUUUUGUCCAGUUUUUUCCUAAUUGGUCCGACAUCCGUCCUUUUUCAUAUUUACCUGCUAUAACUUAGAAUAUAUACAAACAAGUGCAAGCUAACGUAAAAUAAGUUAAGGGAGCAUUUCGAAUCAAGCUAAAUGAUAAAAAUAUAUUAACGAAAAAACAUGUGUAUUUAAGACCAAAUAAAAGAAAAACGUGAAGAAGAAGUUAAUGAACAAAUUGGGAGAAUAGAGAAGAUGGUUCGGAGGAGAUUCUUCCUUCAGCUGAGAAUGGGAAAAUGUGGGUGGAGGAAGAAGAAGAGAGGUAAGUUAAUAUUUUUAUUUUUAUAGUGGAUACAAUCCUUCCAACUAAAGUGUUUUUGCUCAAAUAAUUCUCACAACCACAUCUAAACAUUAUCUUUGUAAUAUGGGAGAUAGUGACGUGACCUGAUGUAUAAGCAACAAUUUACAUAACAUAAAACGCUUCUUGUUGAAAAGAUUUAAGAAAAUACUUCACUACAGUUGUCAAUUCAUGGGUCGGCCUAUUGACCCAAUUUGAGUCAGACUUGGUAAGAAAAAUAGGCAGCACACACAUAUUGGGUUGACCGCUGCAUGGUACCGCGUUGGAGAUCAAACUGUGUUCUUUUUUCCUUUGGUUUUCGAAAUGUGUCUAUUUUUCGGUUUUCUUUUUCGCCUAAGCCAAUCUUUAGAAUUUUAAGUUGAAUGUUUUAAUAUUGAUUUUAUAUAAGUGUGUUUGAAUUUUCACAAUAUGUAGGAUCCAAGUACGACAUGUUAUUUUGAUGCGCUAGUUUAAUAAGCAAUAUGUUGUCGGUGGGCCAAGCUCCUCAGGCUUCUCUCCCGGUGGUACAACAGCUGGGUCCGGUAGGACCUAAUAUGGUUGUUUGUAUGUGGGAUGGGGCUACUAGGAGUGGAUCUCAUUCGGUUGGCGGGAUGGUUAUUUUGAACCCGGCUAGGGAUAUCCUUUUGGCUAAGGGGAUUCAAUUUUCGGUAAUUGAUGAUCCUGUGGUGGUGGAAUUGCUCGUCCUCCGAGAAGUAAUUUUAUGGUGUUUGGACCAUUGAUUCAAGGAAAUCAGAUUCGAAGGUGAUGCCAAAGUGAUCAUCGAUAAAUCAAUAAGGCGGAUACCAACGAUAAUCGGAUGGGUGCUAUUCUCAAGAAGUUCUGCAGUAUUUUGUCAUCCACUCUGGGUUUAGUGUUCGAUUUGUAGGUCAGCGUUAUAAUUGGGUAGCCCAUGUGGUGGCUAGAAAGGCCUUUCAUUGUACCCGAAUAUGAGUCGUUUCUUUGAUUUCCAGACCUGGCUGAAUUCCAGGUGUAAGUAUCUAUUUUUUCAAUCAAUAUAUGAUUAUCUUUUGUAAAAAAAAGUACAACAUUUUAUUUUGCUGUAAUGUUAUAUGUUAUUACUCAUGUGUUAGAGGAGAUUUGAUAUAAUUUAUAAAUGUAUAAACAAUAUAAUAGCUUUUUUCAUAUAUCUAGAAUAAAGCGGACUAAAGCGG